AAUCACUUCACGUCAGAGACCAUCACGUCAGAGACUAUCAUAUCAACUAACCAUUAAUAAUUCUUUUAGUGUUAACAAUAACUUGCAAAAUAGAAAUCGUGUUCGUGUUCCUUUGUCCAACCCUGCCUCUCCAAACGUUUCCGCACUCUCGUGGUCACUCACGUCGAAAACCACUAAUGAUACGGCCUCAGCCCAUUUAACAAAAAAGUCAGAUAACAGCCUCAGUACCCUUCCAGGUCUCAAACUGGUCCCCCUAAACAUCCGCUCUCUGAAAAAUAACGCCCAUUUUUUAGAAUUACGUAAGUUUACCAAAUUUAACAAAAUUGACGUCCUUACAGUAUCAGAGACAUGGUUAAAUACCUCCGUCACAAACAAGGAAAUAGAAAUCGAAGGUUAUAAGCUACAUCGUUUAAACCGACUGCACAAGAAAGGGGGCGGGGUAUGUGCUUACAUACGAAAAGAUAUUAAAUCUCUUGUACUUAAAGACCUCAGUUAUAUCUCCGAGACGAAUUUCCAUCAAUUAUGGAUCAAAUUACAGCACAAAAAAUCUAAAUCACUGUUGGUCUGUGUCUCUUAUCGACCCCCAGACAACCCGCUUGACUGCUUCGAAAAAUAUUUUAAACCUAAUUAUGUUCGUGCUCUGACGAUGGGAAAGUUGAUCAUUCUUCUUGGAGACCUAAACUGCGAUAUGCUUAAGCCCACACCUGGAUCAGCGUCUUUGAUCAAGACGACAAAAGAACUCAACCUUAACCAGUUAAUAAAAUCACCAACAAGAAUUACUGAAUCCAGUCAGACCCUCGUCGACGUUAUUUUCGUAUCCUCGCCAAGACUAGUAGUCAACGGCGGCGUCAUAGAAACCUGUAUCAGCGAUCAUUUCCCUGUGUAUGUAUCACUAAAACUUAAAACCGACAAAUCUCCACCAAACUAUAUCACUACCCGCAGCUACAAUAAAUACAACCCUGAUUUGUUCGCGAUCGAUCUGGCAUCCAACCGUGAUCGUCUUGUUUCCAUUUUCAGAAUGGACAAUGUUGAUGAAAAACUAACCAUUUUUAAUGAAAUAUUUUUAAAUACAUUGCAUAAACACGCCCCAGUAAAAACCAUAAAAGUACGCGGAAAAUCUUGCCCAUUUAUCACCCCGGAAAUAAAAGCAUCCAUGAUCAAAAGAGACCAGCUCCACAGUCUUUUCAGGAAAACACGUGAUCAUUAUGAUUGGCUUAAUUUCAGAGAGGCCCGCAAUUUUACAAAAACCGCACUUGUUAAUGCACAGAAAGAAUAUGUACUGAAGGAAGUUCAGCAACACAGAAACAAUACUGGGUCACUUUGGAAGGUAAUUAAAGAAAAUAUAGCGUAUAGGGAAAGGGAGUCAGUGGUCUACAGUAAGGAACCGAAAUUAGUGGCCGAAGAGUUUAAUCAUUUCUUUUCCACCAUCGGUGUGAAUGCAGCAAAGAAAGCCUCAACACUAAUACAAGAUCCUAGUGUUUAUCCAGCUCGGAAUCUUUCUGACGUAAAUCGCACAGAUAACAGCUACCCUGAAGAAAAUGAUAGAUUUAGUUUCACCCCAGUCUCUUGUUCAGAAAUAAGGAACAUCAUAUUAGCUAUGCCGUCAAACAAAUCACCCGGCAAAGACAAAGUGAGUAUGCGGGUCAUCAAACACAGCCUACCGGUAAUUCUUGGGCCCCUCACCGAUAUCAUUAACUGUUCACUGUCGUCAUAUUCGUUCCCUAUAGCAUGGAAAGAGGCAGAAGUUAUCCCUUUGUUAAAGGAUGGAAACCACGAGGAAGCAUCAAAUAACCGCCCACUUUCUCUCCUUACCUUUCUUUCGAAAAUUUGUGAAAAAGUCGCCUUGAAUCAAUUUGGUUCGUAUCUAAUGAAGAACAAAAAAUUGUCAACCCACCAGAGCGGGAACAAGAAACAUCAUUCAUGCGAAACAUUGAAUCUUUUGACCGGAGAUACUAUCCUAAAGGCCAUGGAUGGGAAAUUGGUUACUGCACUGAUUCUAAUAGAUCUAUCUAAAGCUUUCGACAGUGUAAAUCAUACUUUUCUCCUUACAAAACUUAGCAACGUCGGGGCUUCUCCAAGCGUUGUAAAAUGGUUUGAGAGUUACUUGACCGGAAGAACUCAAUCAGUCAGAAUUGGAUCAACUGUGUCCACUCCUCUCCCUGUUUCUUAUGGUGUACCACAGGGUGCAAUUUUAUCACCUUUACUUUUUAGUAUUUAUACUAACGAUCUGCCCUCAUCAGUCCACCAUAGUAAACUUGAAUCGUACGUGGACGACUCCAAGAUAUUACUAUCUUUCACUGUGGCUAACGUGGACUGUUUAAAGCAACAACUUGAGGAAGACUUGUAUUUGAUUGCAAACAGUUGUUCCGAAAAUGAAUUGCUUAUUAACCCGGGAAAGACCAAAUACAUGCUGAUUGGCACACGGCAAAACCUACAACAACUUCCCGUAGAUAUGACCAUAAACUUCCUCAACGAGACUAUUACCCCCGUCUCCUUUGCCAAAGAUCUAGGAAUGACAAUCGACUCUUAUUUGACAUAUGACCAGCACAUCACCAACCUGGUUUCCUCAUGUAUGAAUUCCCUGUGCCAAAUAAACCGAGUCAAAAAAUGUUUCGAUAAAGAAGCUUUAACUCUCAUCGUCUCGGCACUUGUAAUGAACAAAAUGUUCUAUUGUUCAACGGUUUGGUCAAACACUUCGUCUACCAACAUUAAGAAACUACAGUUGGUACAAAAUUUUGCAUGCAGGAUAAUAACAAAUAUUGGAAAGUUCGACCAUAUUUCGCCGGGCUUACGCGAACUUAACUGGCUCCCAGUAAAGGAACAAUUACUACUAAGAGAGGCUAUUAUGAUGUACAAAUGUGUCAAUGAACUUGCUCCACAUUAUUUGAGCGAUUUAUUCACAAAACGUUCUGACAUUCAUCAACGAGAUACACGUAGCCAUGACUCACUGCAAAUACCAUUGUAGAAAACUUCCGCAGGUCAAAG